GUGCCAGAAUCUUCGUGUCAAUAGCAACCACAGCCACAAUCAAUCUACAAGAUGAAUAAGCUGCUUACCGGUGGACUACUGUUUCUACUCGUGUCCGGUUCGUUCGUGUCCGGAUCACUGUUCGGCCCGUUCGGACCAUUCGGAGCGGCCGGUCAGCUGCCGGGCGCGCUUCCACCGGGCUUCGGUGGUGGCGUUGGAGGUUAUCCGGGUGUCGGUGGACUGCCGCUUUACCCUGGCCGUCCCGGCGUUGGACAGCUUCCCAUGUUCCCGGCGCCCGGACUAUUCCCAUCGGUCCCGUACCUACCAGUCGGUGUUCCACCCACACCCGUAGCUGGCCCGUUGGCCUUUGGACGUAUGGCGAUGGCUCUGUCGCCGGUGGCUCCGACGCCGAUGGUUCCAGCUGCCGCUACCGGAAAUCUGCGCAAUGUCGCUACCAAUGCCGAUGUGCUUGGCCGGCUAGCGGUUGCCGAUCUGCCGGAAGACUUGCAGCAGCGCGCCAAGGAUUUGCAGGCGGCUAGCGAUCAGGGUUUUGACGCCUGCGAGCAGAUGCUGGCCACGCCCGGUGCGUACUGGCAGUACAAGCGUUGUAAUGCGCUCCAGCUUCGCACCGUCCUGACCGCCGCCAAGGCACUGGAACAGGAGGCUACUGCACGCGCCACUGCUGCUGCUGCCGCUGCGGCCGAACAACCACAGCCAGCCGAGUCUGCACCGGCCACAGUUUAA